AUGGAGUGUGAUAUCUGUUGCGAGGACUUUGACAAGGAAGAGCGCAUCCCGAAGAUAGUUCCAUGCGGGCACACCGUGUGUCUCCACUGCCUCGAGGAAAGCAAUGAGAAUGCGUGCCCAACGUGCCAUAAGGCCUUCAGUUCCGUCCCCGCUUCACUUCUCACCAACCUCACGGUGCUGCGGCUGGUGGAGCGCGAAGGCGACGUCAGGGUCCCGCGCGGCUGGUGCUCGGACUGCCGCGCCGCCGCCACGCGCCGCUGCUGGGACGAGCACGACGUCCACAACACCAAGGCCGCGCUGAGGCAGUACCUGCGGCCGGGCGUGCUGCAGGAGGCGGCCGCCGAACUCCAGGGGCUGCAGCGCCAGUGCGAGAGGGAGGAGGUGCUCCUGGCGCUGCUGUCGGCCGAGUCCUGGAGCCUGAACCUGCGCAGCGGCCGCGGCCGCGAGCUGACGGGCACCGUGAGGAACACCGAGGACCCCCUCGUCAAGGCCCUGUGGCUCGUGGUGACGGCGAGGGCGGGUCUCGCCGAGGCUGGCGGGGAGCUUCGACGUCGACAACAGAUCGCGCAUGAGCGAGUUAGAGCGGCCCCUCUUGUGGCGCCAAUCAUUAUUAAGACUGAGAAUUUGCCGGUUGACGAUCAAGAGGACCCCUUCGGAGCCUCAUGCCGCGCUGCGCCACCUGCAGGUGAUGAGGGGCGCCUGCCUGCUGCGGCAGCUGAACCGCCCGCCGACGGGUGUCGCCCGCCCUCUGCAGCAGCUGCAGGUGCCGAGGUGCCAGCGGAUCUUCAGGAGAUGAGCGUGUUCUGGACCAGCACGAGCAACAGCCUGGAGCUGAAGAUGGUCGCGCUGCGGGAGGCAACAGGGGUGGAGCGGCUGGUCUCAGUGCAGUGCCACGCGGACCCCGCCUGGAGCCUGCAGCUGCUGCAGAACGCUGCCGCCACGGUGGAGCGGCUGAGCGUGGCCAGCCCUCACGAGGCGCACCUCCGCGAGGUGGUCGCCAUGCCGCGGCUGAGGAGGCUGGCCGUGUCGAGCCACGACGACGCCCUGUUCGCGCAUCCGCCCGUGCUGCCCGCGCUGCCGCCCGGCCACCGCGGCCUGCCGUGGCUGCGGGUGCACGAGCAGCUGCCCUUCGCCACGCUGCGCUCGCUGCUGCAGGCGCAGAGGGACACGCUGGAGGAGCUGCAGCUGGUGCUGGCCCCGGUCAAGGUGACGAACCUGCAGCUGCUGCUGCAGCAGUGCGGCCUGCGGGCGCUGCGCCGGCUCGUGCUGUGGAGGGUGGUGGCGAAGCUGCACGACCAGCGCGCCUGCGGCGCCGAGCUGCAGAAGGUGCGGGCCGCGGCGCCCGGCACCGAGGUGCUGUGCAGCAAGUGCGACGCCGUGCCGUGGGAGGACGUCUGAUGUUCACU